CUGGGGAUUCAGCAAUAACCGAAAAAUAAUAAUACGAAAACUACAUUUGGGGAGGGAGAGCGUCCGGAUGUAAGGGCAUCUGCAUGCAUUUUGCAGUGUUGCAUAUCUUCUGGGAAGAUCAGAGACACAAUUGACAUUACCACCGCAACCAUCUCCUUUUCUUGCAUAUGUUUUUUUGGUGGGGUGUCUUUUAAAAAAAACAGCCCUCAGUUCUAUUAUGAGCCUUAGUUGUUGAUUUCAAUUAAAACUACCUCACAGACUUCGCCUAAAGCUGGUGCUUUAAAAAAAAAAAAACUUGUAGGGUUUUUAUAUGUGUGUGCUUGUGGCGUGAUUUACAAAACAGUUGAUGACAUUAAAAGGCAAGUGAAGGCCUUUACACUGAAACCAAGUGAAGAACCUUAUGAUUGCACUAUAGAGAACUCAAAUCAGAUAAGACUUCAGAGGGGAAAAUAUACCCCAGCAUCAGACAGCUCCUGCGUUUUUGGAAGACUCGUCCAUCAAUUUCUCCCCAAAUUUACACCACCGAAGCAUCUCCUGGCUACACGCACUGAAACAAGCAUUUAUAGCCGUGCUUCCAUUUUUCUUUCAAAGUCUAUAUUAGAAAUCCUUUUCCCACCAUGUUCCAGCGUUUCACCAGCCUCUUCUUCAAUGAUAGCAGCUCAGGUGAAGUCGUUGAAGAACCUAAGCCUUUUGUUUCUAAAGAGGAAGAAGAAGAUGGAUGGCUUAUUAUUGAUCUGCCAGAUAGUUUGGCUUCAAGUCUUGGCACUCAGCAGUGGGUAGAAGGUCCAGAUCCUGUCAGUAUGGAGAGCAGCCCUAUGGAGGACCUCUUGAUUGAACAUCCCAGCAUGUCUGUAUAUGUCACCACCACCACCAGCAUCAUUGUGGAAAGAGAGGAUCCUGAGGAGAACAUCCAGGAGAAUGAAAUACCUGAAAACUGUUUACAGCGCCGUCCCCCACAUCACUCCACUUCUCUUGCUACCAAGACUGCCAUCUUGGAGAAGGUUAAUCAAGUGCGUCGGAUUCAGAGGGCAAAGCAGUUGGCAGAGAAGCACAAGUUCAGUCAGAAAGUCAUGAAGAGGCAGAACCGUGCCAGAGAGUGCCGCCCACAACGGGCCAAAUCCCAAGGCCAUUUUGUCUACCAACCAUGCCAGCGCCAGUACAACUACUAAGCUACUUCAGGAAGUCUACACUGUGGGGCAUUAUCCUUUUAACUUUUAGCUUCACUAGCUCUUCACAAUGCUUUUUCCAUCCAAGAGGGUUGUCUUCACUCAUUUUCUGAAAUUAAUCGUCCCUCCCUGUGAGAAUUUCCUACAUUCUCAUGAACUUGCAACAUUAAAUGGUAGAUCUUUUGUGGGCUUUUCUUGAGCUUUAUUCCCCAUUUUUAGCAAAAAGUACGUUUUCUGAUCAAUGACUUUUUUGCCUUUAAUGUCCCAUCUCCUACUCUACAUCCUAUUUCCAGAUUUUGAUUUGGAUCUCAUAGUGAAUGAAACACAACAUGCCUUGCUAACAUUAAGAAACAAGACAGCAAGUCAACUUUGAAACUCCAAUAUAUAGGGUUUUUUUAAGUGUUGGAAAAACAUAUAUGUAUGUUGGUUGUUAAGAGAGACCAUGUUUUUUGUGUGAGUGUGUUUCUUGGUCCUUAGGUAGCAUGAAUUCACACACUGGCUAUUGUAGCAGUUGCCAGUGUUAGACUAAUUUGGUGCUUCCAGUGAAUACAUCACCUUUAUUUUAAUUUAAAUAAGUUACAGGAGGAACAUGGUGCCCUGUCAUUUUUCAUCCCUUGUUAUUGCACUAGAGAGCCUGUGACAUCAGUGCCUUUCUUUUUGACAUCAUGCUCAUGACACAAAAAAAUCCCUAACAGAUUGUGAUGUCAACUGGAGAUACCAGGUUUCUGUGCAAAAUGGAACACAAAAAAACAAGAAAGAAACCUAAUGGAUCCCAAGUUAAAGAUUAAUGACAUGUAUUUUAACAUACUUCCCUCCAUGAAAAAUAAAUAAUUUGUAUAUUUGUUUCUUUUGAUGAGUUGAUGUAAUGGCUGCUCAUGAAUUAUCAAGGAAUAUCCUUAAUUGCCUUGAGGCUGCAAGGCAAUACAAUGAAUAUUUCUGGGAAUUUUGCCAUUGACGUUAAAUGGAAUAUAGAUAGAACCUAAAUUCUCUGUUCAGGUUGUCACAUGAUGCAAAACUACAACUUUGAGAGCCCAUUUUGAGUAGAUGCAAUUAACACUAACAAUUUACAAAUACUACAGAGGAUAUGUGAUUAUGAAAAGGGCAAAGUGGUAUGAGUACUUUUCCUGUUUGAUUAGUUGCAUGGUUAUCAAGGAGUUUCUUACAAUAAUAUUAAUGGCUCUAUAAUUUAAUGAUCAAGUGUUUAGAAAAAGAUGCACAACUUUUGAGGCUCAGAGGCACAUUUGGAAGCUUUGGGGCACUUUUAGAAAAUGGUGCACCUGGGAAUGAAGGCCCAUGAUAAAUCCAAAUAAGUCCCAUAACAUGUUUGAGAACACCCAUUUACCAGAAAGCCAACUGGACAGAUUGCUCCCCACUACCCCAGCUUACCUUUCUAGGCAGGAGAGCAUUUUUCAAUGUAAGCAUUGCUGUAGCUACCCACCAAUCCUUAUUUCCUAAGGACUUUUAAAGGAUGCCUAUAAGGUCUAGGGGCAUUCUUAUUAUAAGCUGGUAUGCUUGUUUUGCAGCAUCCCAGCUUCUGGUU